CAAAAUUAUUUCCACACUUGACGCUCGCUGGACUUCGCCAGCUAACUUUUCGAACGAACAAACCGCACGACACAGCAACCAUGGUGGAACAACGUAUAAAGCGCCGCAAGACCGACUCCAAAUCUGCCUCGGCAGCGGUCUCGGCGGCCUCGGAACCUACAAAACAGGAGAAGAAGAGCAAGAAAAUUGCAGAGGUUGCAGAGGUUGCAGUCGUCAAGGAUGCUGCUCCCCCACCAAAAUCACCAUCACCACCACUACCGCCGCCUGCGCCGGCGCUGGCGCCAGUAGAAGAGAAGAAGGAGAAGAAGGCGGAAGUGGAAGUGGAAGCAGAAGUUGUGGAGGAGGAGCCGGCGGUUGUUAAGACGUUUAAGGAUCUGGGCGUAAUGGACUCACUUUGCGACGCCUGCCUGACCCUCGGAUACAAGAACCCCACACCUAUCCAAGCCGAGUCGAUACCCGUGGCGCUUGAGGGGAAGGACCUCAUUGCGCUGGCCGAGACAGGAUCCGGCAAGACGGCGGCGUUCGCACUCCCGGUUCUACAGGCUCUCUGGGAUAACCCAAUUGGACUGUUUGCUUGUGUUCUCGCGCCCACGCGAGAGUUGGCUUUCCAGAUCUCGGAGCAGUUUGAGGCUUUGGGUGGCGCCAUCGGCGUGCGCUGCGCUGUCAUCGUCGGCGGUAUGUCUAAUAUGGAGCAGGCGGUAGCAUUGAGCAAAAAGCCGCACGUUGUCAUCGCUACGCCUGGUCGUCUCCUCGACCAUCUUACCAAUACUAAGGGUUUCUCUCUACGGAAUCUCAAGUUUCUGGUUCUCGACGAGGCGGACAGACUGCUGGACAUGGACUUCGGCCCCACAAUCGACAGCAUCCUCAAAGUGAUCCCAAAGCAGCGAAACACCUAUCUCUUCUCGGCAACGAUGACCUCGAAAGUCGAGAAGCUCCAGCGUGCCUCGCUCAGCAAUCCCGUCCGCAUCUCCGUCUCAAGCAAAUACCAAACCGUUUCCACACUGAUCCAGCGCUUCCUCUUCAUCCCGCUGAUGCACAAAGACACCCACCUAGUCUACCUGAUCAACGAGUUUGCAGGGCAAACAAUCAUCGUUUUCGCCCGCACAGUAAUGGAGACCAACCGGCUAGCCCAUCUCCUCCGCGAACUCGGCUUCAAAGCUGUCCCGCUAAACGGCGACCUCUCACAAUCCGCCCGUCUCGGCGCUCUGAACAAGUUCAAAUCCGGCAGUAAGAACAUCUUGAUCGCCACCGACGUCGCCGCAAGAGGUCUGGAUAUCCCCUCGGUCGACGCCGUCAUCAACUUCGAUCUGCCGCAGGACUCGAAGACGUACAUCCACCGGGUGGGACGUACGGCGCGUGCUGGACGCAGUGGAAAGGCAAUUGCCAUCGUCACCCAGUACGAUAUCGAGCUGUUUCUGAGAAUUGAGAACGCUCUCGGUGAAAAGAUCCCGCCGUUUGAGGUCGAGGAGAGCGAUGUGUUGAUCUUUAGCGAGCGCGUGGGAGAGGCGCAGAGGGAGGCCAUCAAGAAGGUGAACGAAGAUAAGGAGAAGAAGGGACGCGGGAAGGGCGGGCGCAGUGGCGGAAGGGGUGGACAGGGUGGCCGUGGUGGCUCGCAGUCUACGCGCGGUGGGAAACGCGGGAGGGAUGAUCGCGAGGAGGAGUAAUAGUUGCGCGAGAGUAAAUCAACAUAUGGGCGUUUUUUUUCGUUUGCUGAUUACGGACGGAAUCGUACCGUUUGUAUACAAAUGCAAUUUCAUCACGUACCGUGCG